UUACCGGCUUUCAUGUUUGUAUGAUGCAGGGUUUGAAAGGACAAAGUCAAAGCAUAAAGAUGUUGAGAAGUUGAAAUGAUCUUUUGUUAGUAUUUAAUGUAACUUCAGUUUGUUAAUUCGAAUCCUGUCUUUAAUACCUUUAAAUAAAAUAAUUAACUAGUUAAAACAUAAAUUAGAAAGAAAAAAAAACAAUAAAAAACGACAGCGUUUUGUUUUUUGUGUGGAGAGAACGGCGAUGUUUUGGUGACUGUUAUUCAAGCCUCAAAAGUAGGAUUGGGAUAAACGGGCCUGAUAUGAAUUUGGUGAUGUUUAAUGUGGGCCAAAAUAACGGGAAAGCCCAUCAUAAAUGAGAGAAGAGAAAAAAAAGAAACGACAGCGUUUUGUUUGUGUGGAGAGAACGACGACGUCGAGUGUUAUUCAAGGAGAGAGAGAGAGAGAGAGUAACGUCGUGAUUUCCCGCUCAAGGCUUCAUCUUCAUCUUCUCCUCUCGAGAGGCAGAGCUCUCUGCAAAAGGAAAGAGGAGUAAUUUCGCAAGAUCUAAGAUGGUGGAUUUUGAGCAACUCAGGAUCUUUGAAACUAUACUCAGAGAGUUUCUAAAAUCUUUUCUUCUGCAUAUUCAACUGUGGCUUGAUGUGCUAGACCUUCAAGUGGGAGUGGAUGAGCUUGAGUUUUUGGUGAUACUGAUACAUUGGUUUCCCUUCCUUCUCUUCCGCGAGUUUGUGGGGUUUCUUUUAUGGGUCAUCAUUCAAGCCAUAAAGCUUGCCCAAUUACUUCUUUGGCACUACAUCAGUUGGCAAGAGCGCCAUGCGGAGUUCGAGGUCGUGUAUAUUGAGGCUGCGAAUGCUCCAACACGCACUCCUCCACUUCCUGCACACUUUCUUCACUUUCUACCCCUGUCUACAAUGGCCGAAAGCACUGACAAUGACAUAUGUACCAUUUGCCAAGAGCCUUACAGAGCAGGAGAUGCAGUGAGGACACUCCCUUGCGACCAUUCCUUCCACUCUAUAUGUGUUGACCAGUGGCUUAUUUCGGACCAUGGUGAUUGUCCUCUUUGCAAACAAGCCAUCGUCUCAGAAUAACACAUCUGCCGUCAAUCUGAGGACUUUGAUAGAGCCAGCCAGGAAUGAAUAAUAUCACAAAAUGAGUAAAACCAAUAGUGCUAUUCUUUUGUAUACCAUCUCUUGAUUGACUAAAACAUGAUAUUUUAGCUUACUAUCUUGAUAGAGA